GCAGUACUAAAAAGAAGAGCUGCUGCUGAAAAUAUUUUAUUAAAAGAAAUUUACGACGAAGAGUGCUUAAGGCAUCCAAUAGCAGCUAGCUUAUAUCCAUGGCCUACAGCUGAAUCUUUAAUGCGUUUGGCCCGUAGGUCAGUAAUGCCUAGAUUGCCUGGGAACCUUCAGGAACUAGCAUCCUUAUUUGAUAAUGGGCAUCUUCAAAGAUACAAUUGUUGUGACAUUACGAUAUUUAGGAGCUGUAUUCGUGACCUUGAUGGUAAAACUAGCCUGAUAUUUGCAUGUCCAGUUUUGUCACAAAGUUUUUGUGGUACUGGAAUUGAGGAGCUUCAUGUAGACGCUACUUUUAAAGUGGUUCCAGUAAACAUGGGCUAUCAAUUAUUGAGCGUACAUGCUAUGAUACAAAAUUAUUCAAUACCAAUUAUAUUCGCACUAAUGGAAUCAAAGUCUAGGAAUUCAUAUGACAGUGUAUUUCGAUAUGUUAAAGAUAAUCUUUUAGCAAACAUUUCUCCAAGGAUUAUCAUAAGUGAUUAUGAAUCUACACUUAGAGAUGUUCUACAAUCAUAUUUCCCUGAAGCUCGAACAUCUGGUUGUUGGUUCCACCAUAAUCAAGCAGUUUUUAAAAAUAUGAAAAGUAAAGGAUACUAUAGGCUUGUAAAUACUAAUCAAUUUGCACUGCAAAGCUUAAACCUUUUAUUUGGCCUUCCACUGCUUCCAUAUCAGGAUAUAGAAAGAGCAUUUCAAUUAAUUAAAAUGUAUGCAAUCAACCAUGGAGUAGCGAUGCAUAAUUUAUUUGACUAUUAUGAGAGGUAUUGGUUGCGCCGUGUGGGAACUCAGAUAAUUUCAGUUCAUGGACUUCCUAGGCGUACAAACAAUAAUAUUGAAAGUUUCCACAAUAAAUUAAGAUUAAAAUUUUCAGUGACUCAUCCCAAUCUAUGGAUAUUUUUAAGUAAUUUGAGUAAUUUAUUUAAUAAUUACCAUGUUAUAAUGAGGCAGCUUGAAAAUAAUCUUCAACCUACUAGGAGUCUGAAGGCAAAAUAUUUAUCACAAUCCAAAAGACUUAAAAAUGCCACAAGCCAAUACGAUGCUGGGAUCAUAAGUAUGUGGCAGUUCAUGCAAUUGACUUCGUAUACCACAUCAAGAUAUAUAUCUCGACAUAUAAAUUGGAUCAAUGAGGUAGAUCCAAAUUCUGAGCCAGAAGUGGAAGCUGCUGCUGUUGUACAGCCAAUUCAGGAACCACAACUGCCAAUAGCUCCACAAGUGUCAACGUGCAUAGUAUGUUUGAAUGCAAGAGCAGCAAAUAUUCAACAGCAUAUUGUUAUUCCUUGUGGUCAUGCAUGGGUUUGCAACAAUUGCAUUACAUCCCUUCCAGCACCAACAAGAUGCCCAUUAUGUCGAAUGGAAGAAGUCACUUUUCAAAGAAUUUUCUUAAAUUAAACUUUUCUAUUAGUUUUAAAAUAUUUAAUUGUUCAUCAAACAAAACUACACAAUAUGACAUACAAAUUAAUUGAAAAAUGUUGUGAUAGCUAUGAAGUAUUUCAAGAAACUGUUGAUUUUUUCUUGGAAAACAGCCAACAUCUUCUAGCAUAUCCAUGUACUGAUCACAAAAAUGACAUUUUUUUAUUUAUAAUUACUUAUUAUAUUACCAUGAGAAUGAGACAAUACUCACGUAUAUCUAAUCAAAAGCGAAGUUAGAAAUCACGCAAAAAAAAAAAACUUUUCAAAUUGAUAGCAACAUAGUAACUAGUAAUACGCAUUCAUUUAUUUAGAAAUAAUAGUGAAUAUAAAAAGUUUGUCGUUGAUUUGAAUUUUUGAAUUUUUGAUCGUUGUUCAGUUAUCACUAGCAUCCAUGACGAAGUAUUAUUUCGUCAUGGUAACCACUAAAUAAAACCUUAUCAAAUUGUUAUAAAAUGUUUAUAACAUUAUAACACCUUUAUUCGUGCAAUAAA